CUUAAGCUUUAAAUCCUUUUCUCUAUUGCCUACUUUUUCCUUCCCCUGCCUCCAUCCUUACCCUAUCAAUAGACAAAAUUCAGCUUAUGGUAUUUAGAUCUUAAGAGCAAAUCUAAAGUAACCCACCCGCGUUAAUUUUAUCUGUCAAGAGAAAAUUUUGCACUAAGCAAGAAGCAUUCUAAUUAUGGAUAAGAUAACAAGGUUGGCGUCGGAGAAAGGAGUGGUAAUAUUCAGCAAGAGCUCAUGUUGCAUGUGUUAUACAGUCAACAUUUUAUUUCAGGAACUUGGAGUGAGCCCAGUGGUUCAUGAGAUCGACCAGGAUCCUGAAGGCAGGGAAAUGGAGAAAGCUCUGAUGAGGCUGGGGUGUAACGAGCCUGUACCAGCUGUGUUCAUUGCUGGGAAACUAAUAGGAUCCACCAACGAAGUCAUGUCUCUCCAUCUAAGUGGCAAUCUGAUUCCACUGGUUAGGCCUUAUCAGCGGGCUGUGUCUUAAAUCAUAUACUUCAGUAUCACAUUGAUGAAUAAAAUUGGCACAGAUUAGUAGUUUAGUGUGCCCUUUGUGUGUAGCUUAAGAAGCUUGUUAUGCCCCAAAACCUUUAUAUAUAUGUGUGUGUGUGUGUGUGUGUGUGUUACCCUUCUUAAUGAAGUACAGCUUUAUAUAUAUUUAUGUUGUCAAGCUUUUCAUACGAUUUAAAUAAUGGAUAAAUCAGCUUUUGAACA